GAGGGAGCUGAUCCACAGUCGGUGUGUUUGAGGCAACUAAGACGAAGGAGAGACCUGCGGACACACACACACACACUCUCACUCUCUCUCUCUCUCACACACACACACACACUCGAGCGAGCGAGCGAGAGCGAGAGAGAAGAAGAAGAAACGGGAAGGGGAAGAAUGAGGAAGAAGUCCGCCGUGCUGCGCGCCUCGUCCCAACAAAUGCGGGUUUGCUGAUGAAGCAGCGCGCCGGUCACCCGAUCAUACAGGUCACCCAGGUCGCGCCGCAUGGAAACGAGGAGUCAGAAAACAACAGCAGCAACAAAUAAAAAGCUGCCAGUGCAUGGGAAUCCGGACUCCUCUCCCCUCCUUUUGUGCGUCUCGCUCGGUGGAUACGCCGUCUUGGCUGGCGUAUAAGAGCUCCCUGCGUCUCCAUUACCAUUCCCCACUACUGGCUUACCUCUACUACUACUACUCCUCCUCCUGCUGCUGCUUCUCCUCUUCCUACUCCUGCUAGUAUUACUAGUAGAGCUGCUUUUUAUUAUUUUUUUUACUACUGGCUGUCUUCUCCCGGAUUGGAUAAAAAAUAAGAGAAAAGGUUCCUCAUUAAUCGCCACCUCACAGAACCGAUCUCGACAUCAACAUGGGUCGCUGGGAUCACUCCUCCGUCCUGUCCCCGGCGCUGAGGCUGGCGGUCGUCGCGGUGAUUCUCCUCCUCAAGCUCCAACCCUCGCUGGCCGGCGCCCCCCCUGAGCCGAACUUGGGCGGCUCCGUCAUGGCGGUGUCCACCAACAAAACUGAAUGCAGCAAGGCUGAGCAGUGUUCAAAGGGGGUGGUUCUACCUGUCUGGGAACCCGUUAACCCGUCGUUCGGUGACAAGGUCGCCCGGGCAACGGUUUACUUCGUGGCUCUGGUCUACAUGUUCCUGGGCGUGUCGAUCAUUGCAGACCGUUUCAUGGCAUCAAUAGAGGUCAUCACGUCACAGGAGAAGGAGAUCACUAUUAAGAAACCCAACGGGGAAACCACCACUACGACCGUCCGGAUCUGGAACGAGACCGUCUCCAACCUCACCCUCAUGGCUCUGGGCUCCUCGGCUCCUGAGAUCCUUCUGUCCGUCAUAGAGGUCGUGGGCCACGGGUUUCAGGCCGGCACGCUGGGCCCCUCCACCAUCGUGGGCUCGGCGGCGUUCAACAUGUUCGUCAUCAUCGGGCUCUGCGUGUACGUCGUGCCCGACGGCGAGACGAGGAAGGUCAAGCACCUCCGCGUCUUCUUCGUCACGGCCACCUGGAGUAUCUUCGCCUACAUUUGGCUCUACCUGAUCCUGUCGGUGAUCUCGCCCGGCGUGGUGCAGGUGUGGGAGGGGCUGCUCACCUUCUUCUUCUUCCCCAUCUGCGUGGUGUUCGCCUGGGUGGCCGACCGCCGCCUGCUGUUCUACAAGUACGUGUACAAGCGCUACCGCACCGGCAAGCAGCGCGGCAUGAUCAUCGAGACCGAGGGCGACCGUCCACUGCCUUCCAAGGUGGACAUCGAGAUGGACGGAAAGAUGCUGAACUCUCAUGGCGUUGACUUCCUGGACGGUCCGCUGGGUUUGGAUCUGGAUGAGAAAGACCUGGAUGAGGAGGAGACCCGCAGAGACAUGGCCAAGAUCCUGAAGGAGCUCAAACAGAAACACCCUGACAAGGAGGUGGAACAACUCAUUGAGCUUGCCAACUACCAAGUCCUGAGCCAGCAGCAGAAGAGCCGCGCUUUCUAUCGAUGCCAAGCCACCCGGCUGAUGACAGGUGCUGGCAACAUCCUGAAGAAGCACGCCGCCGAUCAGGCACGGAAGGCCGUCAGCAUGCACGAGGUCCGCUCUGACGCUGGUGACAACGACCCCAUCUCUAAGAUCUUUUUCGAGCCGGGUUCCUACCAGUGCCUGGAGAACUGCGGCACCGUGGCGGUGAACGUGGUGCGGCGCGGCGGCGACGUGGGCAAGACGAUUUCCGUGGAGUACCGGACGGAAGACGGCACAGCCAACGCCGGCUCGGACUACGAGUUCACGGAGGGCGUGGUGGUGUUCAAGCCCGGCGAGACGAUGAAGGAGAUCCGCGUGGGGAUCAUCGACGACGACAUCUUUGAGGAGGACGAAAACUUCCUGAUUCACCUUUCCAGCGUCAAGGUGCUGGCGUCAGAAGGCGAGGAGCCCGAGGAAGGCGAGUCGGCCAAUCACGUGGACUCGGUGGCCUGUCUCGGCUUACCGGCCACAGCGACCGUGACCAUCUUCGACGACGACCACGCCGGUAUCUUUACGUUUGAGGAGCCUGUAUGCCACGUCAGCGAGAGCGUCGGCACCAUGGAGGUGAAGGUGCUGAGAACGUCGGGGGCUCGCGGCGUGGUCAUGCUGCCGUACAAGACGAUGGAGGGAACGGCGCGAGGCGGCGGCGAGGACUUCGAAGACAUUCACGGCGUCCUGGAAUUUCAAAACGACGAGAUCUUGAAGACCAUAACCGUUAGGAUCUUAAACCGGGAGGAGUACAAUAAGCAAUCCUCCUUCUUCGUUCUGCUCCAAAGCCCCGAGUGGAGACGCAGCGGGAAGGAACGGACAGAGGAGCAGCUGAAGGAAGAGGAGGAGGAAGAGGAGGCGCUGACGGGAAAAGACGAAGAGGAGCGGCGCAUCGCUGAAAUGGGCCGGCCCAUGCUGGGGGAUCACGUCAAACUGGAGGUCAUCAUAGAGGAGUCGUACGAGUUCAAGAACACGGUGGACAAGCUGAUAAAGAAGACCAACCUGGCUCUGCUGGUUGGAACCAACAGCUGGAGAGACCAGUUCAUAGAAGCCAUCACUGUCAGCGCAGGUGAGGAUGACGACGAUGAGGAGUGCGGCGAGGAGAAGCUGCCGUCGUGUUUCGACUACGUCAUGCACUUCCUCACCGUGUUCUGGAAGGUUCUGUUCGCCUUCGUCCCGCCCACAGAGUACUGGAACGGCUGGGCCUGCUUCGUCGUCUCCAUCUGCAUGAUCGGACUGCUCACCGCCAUCAUUGGGGACCUGGCCUCUCACUUUGGCUGCACAGUGGGUCUGAAAGACUCGGUCACGGCGGUCGUAUUCGUCGCGUUGGGAACCUCCGUACCAGAUACAUUUGCCAGUAAGGUAGCUGCUAUCCAGGACCAGUACGCAGACGCAUCCAUCGGUAAUGUGACAGGAUCCAAUGCCGUCAAUGUUUUCCUGGGCAUUGGGGUGGCGUGGUCCAUCGCCGCCAUCUACCACAACAGCAAGGGGGAGGAUUUCAAGGUGGAUCCCGGCACGCUGGCUUUCUCCGUCACACUCUUCACCAUCUUUGCCUUUAUCAGCGUCGCCACGCUGAUGUACCGACGGCGACCAGAGAUCGGUGGAGAGCUGGGCGGGCCCCGGACUGCGAAGGCCCUGACCACCAUGCUGUUCGUCAGCCUGUGGCUCCUCUACAUUCUUUUCUCCUCGCUGGAGGCCUACUGCCACAUCCAGGGCUUCUAAGACGACGGGAGACGACGAAGGGAAGGGUGAGACAGAAGUGGAGGAAGAAACCAGGGGGAGGUGGAUGAAUGGGUGGAUAUGGAAAUGAAGGCUGUCUCGUUGAUCUAUCGCUCCCUACCUUUUCCGCAAUAGACUGAAUGACGGAUGAAUGGAUGGAUGUACAGAUGAAGGACUGGAGGACGCGUCAAAGCAUCUAAAAAGAGAAUGGAAGGAAGCACGGAUGCAUGGAAGGACAACAAUAAACACGAGAGUCCUAGGAGCUAGAGAGAUCGCUCAGAAGAUGGAAACAUGACGGGGAAAUAAGCAAAGGAAUACAUUUUUUUUGUCUCACUCUACGAAUCCAAACCUUGUCUUAAUCCCGCUAACAUUUUAAACACAUCAUCCCUAUAGUUGCAAACACACAGGCAAAGAAAUAAUGUGUCCCAGCUGAUUCAACCAUACAGACAUCAAACAGAGGUUUAAAGCUCCUAACCGGGAUGUGAGGCUCCAACAUCAGCAACCACAUCGAUCCUCCGCCACGGGGAGCGUCUCCAGCGUCCGGCUACAGCAACAGGCACGAGUGAGACAGAAAAAGACUGCAUCGGCGGUGUAGUGCAUGACCAGACGACACUGAAGGAACCGGAUGCGUCGCCGUUUAACUGACGACAAACUGUGUGCGUGCUGGUGCGUGGCAGUGUGUUUCUGUGCUUGUGUGUUGUGGGAAGAUGGUCAAGUACUGUGAAAAAACAACAACAACAAAAAAAAAACUAAACGCCUCUCGUUUUUUUGCUGUCGCCUCGUGAGACGGGAAACGCUUUGAGGUCUUUUUCCGACUCUCCCAGCAGCCUGUAGAAACGCUGACUCUUUGGCGAGAGGGGGCACAUUCGGCGAGGCGGAACGUCCCCGAGGUUAGACGUGUAAAUACAAAAAGAGCUGGACGUACACUUGCAGCUCCACUGUUUUCCUUCUGAAUGUCUUGGUUACGCCAUGCGCUCCUGAACGGGCCCUCUUUCUGUUGCUUUAUACUGUAGAUGUAAAUGAUUUAAGGUCUAAUUUGAAUCGAGAAGGGGUUAGUGUGCUUUUACCUUUAAUAAGGCCGCGUCUGGGAGGACAGAACGGCCGCUCUACCGUUUAAAACUGUUAGAGAAGCUAUUAUCAUUGCAUAAAUAUCUAGGUAAAUCUAACGUGUGUUUGUUUCUUUUUUUUAAAACUGUGGAAAUCUGUUACCUGGUUUUCCACCGAUGAGGUUACCGCCAUCAUUCGUCAGCCAUAACACUGCAAUAGACUGAAAAAACGUAGGCGCCGCCCUCCGUGAAACCUCUCCGGCCUCGUGUUUCCUAACUGUCUCCGUCGUCGUUUAUCUCACUCCGACGCCGCUUGGUUUAACUCAACAGCUUCAGUCGAUAUAUCCCCCGUGUGUCUUAAGCACCUCCCCCUGGCUGGUCAGUGGACCAAUCGAAAUCCUCAAGGGCUUUGUAACAAACAACCACUAAUCCCUAACCCUGACCCUCGGUUUAUAAUACUUCACCUGGAUUGGUCAUUGGGGGGCUGUUUAACAGGGGUUCAUACUGCAAAACCUUACUCACUGACUCCUCAGUUAAUAAUAACAGAUAAAACCCAGACCGUAUGACAUAAUCUUCAUUAUAUUAUCAGACAAAGGGUCCAGAAUUACCCAAAUAUCGGAAAAAGCGACCAAAGUGCUCAGUCAGACGAGGCUUGGAGCCUUUCCUCUUAGGAGUCUUUCCCGGUUUUAAUAACUGCGGUCAGCUUUAUUCCAAAAAAACCCACUGAUUAUCCAUGCUGUGGUCUUUCCCAGGCCACCCCUGCUCAUUAAUAUGCCUAAAUACACUAGCCUUCAGGCUGGAUCAUGAAGGCCUUAACCCAAAGGAUGCAAUUAGCGUCCGACUUUAUAUUAUUUCUUUAUUUAAGGGUGAGGGUUUGCUUUUGAAUAAAGAACCACAAUGCAGUCCGUGUAGUCACUCCUUAAUGCCGUUAACACUUUAGUUCUGCCGCCAAUUGUCACGUUUAAAAUGAAAGAACAGCUUAAAUAUGAUUCGUUCUCUGUCGGCUCACUAACAGAUAGGGGUAAAUACUGUUCUGCUUCAAUCGUCCUGCGGGGGCAACUAACACAGAGGACAUCUGAUCUCAAACAGCCGAGCUCACAGAGGUUUGGAGACAAUAACACGCUAAUAACGAGGAUUAGGACAUAGUUUGACAUCUCAUUUGACUGCUUAAGUAUGUCGGAAAACAUCCAAACUCACAGAAACGUCCGGGUCCUGUAUCAAAAAGUGAUUCCAUCUCAAUAGUCCAGGAAGUCCGUCCUGCAUAACCAAGUUGCUUAUUAUCAAAAUAUGCAAUGCCGGGCGAUCCCAUAGCCCAGCUGUUGGGACGUAGACUAUAAAUAGGUGCAAAUGCCACUAAAGUUGGAUCCUGUGCCUGCCCUGCUCUGUCCCCCAUAUUCUCCUGUUUAUCCUCACUGUUCCUGUCCAAUAAAGGCAAUAAAACGGCCAAAAUAUAACCUUAAGAAACAAUGCAAUACCACCAGAUGAAGAAGAGGCUGUUUUAUACGAGGUAACACGAUUUUAGAACCAUGAUCUGACCAGAUGAGUCACUUCUGGUGAUGGAAGUGAAGUGAGCUGAGUUCAAAUAUCUCCAAUAGUAUUUACAAUGAUCACCGUGGAGCUCCCAACGUCAUCUCCAGAGCAGGUUUAUCCUCUGAUAUCACGAGAAGCAAAGUAGAGCUGGUGGAAUUAAUGAGUCUGUUUGCACAGUGAGAUGAUGCUCAUUAGCGACGGUGAUCUGCUCUGAUUAAAACAUCCAAUCUCACUUUAUGAUACAGGUCCACACAGGAUCUACGAAUAAUUCUUCAGCUUGGUCUAUGUGCGCGGUGGGAAAGGGGCUCUGACAGCAUCUAGGAAAAGACGGAUUAACAGGAGGUUGUGAAAACACCAGGUGUGUGCUGUCUCCAGACACUAGUUACCAAACAUGAUGUCAGGCAACAGCCAAGCCUCUCUGAAAAAACCCCGGACACGAGGAAACUUUUCACGCAGCAGUCAAAAGAACCAAAGCAUGAGACUGACAAACAUUAUCAGACGCUAACGGACUGGGAAUCCUCUUUUAUGAUUCAGUAUUAGACAAAUAAGAGAUUAAAAACAUCCUAACCCAAAAUCUGUCCGAGUGGUUUGGACUUCAGACUGUUAACUAUUUGUCCUCAUCCAGCUGAAACCACAGAGAUCUCAGUGUUCACUAAACUUACUACGUAUUAGUUUGUUAAAAAUAUGCAUCUGAAUUGGCUCGAAUCUCCCUUCUGGUGUCGUGUAUUUUUUACUUGAUGUAUAAUACAAUAAUAGUAUUUUAAAUGUCAUCUGUGAAGUCAGUAGUCUGGGCUAGAUGUGAUCCAUUUUAAACUUAGCAACAGUCUAGACAGCUUUCAACCCCUGUGAGAGAGUAGAGCCGAGCCGAGCCCUGGAUCGGGCGAGUUUGGCAAAUCAAACUGAGGAUGAAAUGUGAUAAGUUUUGGUAAAAAAAAUUUGGAACCGCCAAAGGAGAACUCUUUACCUUACGAGGCAGCUGGACUCUCACGAGAACUGCGUCUUUGUCGGGCUUCGAGCUCGAUCCACAGCUGUUUGGACCGACCGGCAGCGUCCUGCGAGGAACUAUUGGCAGCGAGUUGUAGGCGUGAAUUAGCCAACGAUAGAUGGUGAUAAACAGAUGGUUCGUCUAAUCACCUUCCUGGGUGUUUGCUGAAAGUGCCUGCCCUUUUCCAAACAGUUUCCAAGGCAACUUCUCAGACGUACAACAGCCCAUCUGUCGGUUUAGAACGACUGCAGGACGAACGUUUCGCUCUGUUGCACUACGACGCUCGUACAGUUUGAGAGCGACUCAGAAGCCGACUUAAUCGGGACGGCCAACCUGAAAUCGAAACGAGACGUCGCAUCACUUGCGUUUGCCAAACUCGCCGCGAUACAGGGCUCUCCAUUAGCGUAGCUGUUCUCGUGCGAAGGCCUUGGAGUGGCAGUUUACCCCUGUUUUGCCAAAGGGAAAUCUUUCUAUCAGAAACUUAAUACUUGCAGUCCAAACUGUAAAGGGUUUUCUAACCAGUGGAUCUUUCUUAGAACACCAAAUAUUCUUCAUAUUGCAUUAAUAAUCUGAAAAAAAAAAGGGACAAAAAGAGCCUUGACGUUGUUCUAACCUAACCCGAAUCUUUCUAUUUAAAUUUGUAUGUAUUUGUCUCUUCACUGGCAUGGAGCUGAAGGUUUAUACACUGUAAAAAAAAAUAAAUGAAAUAAAAAAAGAGUUAUGCUAGCUUGCGCAAAAAAAACAUUAUGGAAGCUGUUUCCAUCACUUUUUGAGUACGUUCAACAAGGUACAGACUAUCUAAGCCGUGUUGUAUUUACUUAAAACGUGCCCGCUACCUAAUUUGUUAGAUCGAACGCUCCUGAGUGAGCAGGAAUGAAAUGCUUGCAGUAAUGUAGUCGUUUGCAUCAAAUUAAUUUGUUGCACAAAUUUUUCCAGACAAUUUUUUUUUCUUUUUCUUUUUUUUAAAUUAAUGCCAGAUUAGCUGUUUCGCUGCACCGGCUUCGUUGCACCGCCUCUCUCAGUGUAUCUACUUUAGUCGGGUGUGAAGCUCGUGGCGGGUCGAGUUCAAACCGAGGUGGGAAGCUAAAAAAAAAAACAACAUGUCGGCUGCAGACUUACAGGUUUGCACGGUUUACCUGCCACGAUUGUACGUCCACAACCGGGCUCCUCUAAAGCAACUCGUCCCAGGAAAGAGUCGGUUUUGCAGAAUUUAGCUUCCUGCCUCGGCUUCCGAGGUUCGACGAGUCACAGGUUUAGCUGAGCCACCGCUGUACAUAUAAACACUACGAGCGAGCAAAGAGUAGAAACAUAUCUGAUUCCUCUGCGGCGGGGUUUGAAGAAGAGGGAAGGAAAAAGCAUUGCACUGGUUCUUGUGUGAAACGGCUAUCGUGUUGUUUCAUUAGCAGAGUUGCUUCUGAUGUAAACAACGACAGUUUUGUUUUGUUUUUUUUAAUUUACACAAUAAUAAUGAUGUACCUGAUGUAAAAAAAAAAAAACAACAAAAACAAAAAAAAGUACAGUGGUGUUGAAUCAGUUGUGAACCAUUAACGAUGUUGCUUCUAAUGUAAAGGUCGACGUUUUUGUUGCCUCGUUCGCUCCUUAACUGACUGUCCGUCCGACAGACUGAGGAAUAAAUAAACGCAACAGACAGACGAAACGAGCGAGAAAAAAAACCCUGAAGGACAAACGCCCCUGCUGGUACGAGCCGAGCGACGUCACGCUGAGACGUCUCGGCUGAAAGCGAAAAAUGUUGGAAAAAGAAAAAAAACAUUACCAGAGCUAUUCUCUACCCUUAAAGUACAAUGUGAGAGGAUGUUAAUAAGGAGAAGAAGGAGGAAAAGGAAGACGUGGAGGAGGAAGAAGAA